AUGCCGCCGCCGCAAAGCCCGGCCUCGGAUCAUACCGCCCCAACACCACCCAACUUUCUAGGCUAUCUCAAUCCCGAAGCUGUCUUGCGAGAGCAAGUUCACUCUGAACGCGGAAAAACUGCUCAAUCACCCAACCACCCUCCAAUAGGACAAUGGAUCGAAGAACGAGAUCAAAGACCAGCCUCGACUCAAGCGGGAUCAAGCUCUUCGCGGAUUGUAGAAACAGGUCCACAUUCCAACCAAGAGGAUCAAAUAUCUAGGGCUCUCCUGACUUACCUAGACGCUGUUGGUGUUGACAUCUUACCUUCUCGCAUAAAUCAGACGGCCCUUCUCGAGAUAUAUUUUAGCUACGUACACCCACUACUUCCGCUCGUUGACAAGGAACUAUUCUACGAGCAAUAUAACUAUGGCCGAGAACCGCGGAUCCUGAUGCAAGCGAUUUGUAUCGUGGCCUCAAAACAUGCAACAGCUGCCAAACAUCUGUGUCUGGGGAAUGACACCCAACCGCUCAAUCCACGCGAGUUCUCUCAAAGGCUCUACAACGCGGUCAUUGUCGGUAUCGAAGCAAAGCUGGAGAAGAACCGCGUUGUGCUCAUCCAAGUACUUGCUUUGAUAUCACUCCAUUGCGAAGGUCCAGAAGGCGCUGAGCAAUCUUCAAUGCAUCUGGCACAAGCAAUACACCAUGCGCAUACGUUUGGCCUCCAGUUUGGACACCAAUGGAAGAACCAAAGCUCAGAAUCCCAAGGAAAUCUGGAAGACGUCUUCUGGUGUUUGUGGAGUUUGGACAAGAUCAACGCAUGUAUGAACGGAAGGCCGUUGCUUAUGCAUGACCGCGACAACAGCUUGAGACAGCUACCCUCAGACCCCGAGAAGCGAUCCAGUCCGUUUGGUAUAUGGCUACAGAUUUCAGAGAUGCUGGACAAGGUCAUCGACUACUACAGGCCUGGUAGAGCUGCCGAGGAGACAGGAUGGGAGGGCGACGACUUCUUAGGCUUUGAGGAGAUGGUGGGAGACGGUGAAGACAAGCUCGAUGGUCCGAUCAUGAGCCUCCUGUCGCUUUUCCAUCACACCAUGUGCAUGGCCUCGCACAAGUCCCUCUCUAUCAAUGCGCCCGUCAAAUCGACACCCUCUUAUGUCCGACAAAGUCUUUCAGCAACGCGAGUGAUCCACCUUCUCAACGCUGAAUCUCCCGAGCUACUUCCACCCCUCCCCAUCGUACCCUACGCGCUAGGUGUAGCUCUCAGUGUAGUAUAUCGUCACUUCCGGUCUCGCCGCUUAAAGGUCCACGUCAAUCGCGCCACCGAAGAACUCAAGCAAUGCGUUCGCCUCCUUGAUCGCUUACGAAACGCAUGGUGGUCUGCAGGCACGACAGCGGAUCUAGGACGAGCCGUGCUCAGCAACGCUGCAGGACGCAACACCAAUGCUGUCAAUACGCCCGUACCUGCCCCAGCAGAACCCCGUCAAACCGAGCCAAAGACCGAGCCGCCAACACCGCAAGCUACACAUAGCCAACUGCCACCACAGAACCAGUCACAACCAUGGUCACAGAAUAUGGGUGAUACACCUAUUGACCCUCGACUCCAGCAACAACAGCAUCACCCUCAUGCCAACUCGCCCAUGACCAGCCUGCUUAACCCAAUACCUGCCCCUACGCCCGGUCAACACCCGACAAGUAGCGAGCGCGCAGAUCGUGCGCCUAUGGCGGGCCCGCCCGCCGGCUUUGGUUUCGCAGAACAGUCACCGGACUGGCUAAACUUCGAUGCGGCGUUUGAGAACUUUGAGGGUUUGUUGGGAAGUAGCGGAGCGGAUUUGAGUAAUGAGCUGUUUAGACCGUUGAACUAUGAGACGUUGGAGGGGUUCCUGGAUCCUGCUGCUUAG